UGCCUCGGUCUGAUGGAGUAUUCCUGGUGUACAAACAGAUUGAGGAGUCCAUAACAACAGCUCUCAGAAGGAUCAGGCUUUCAACCUUGGAUCGGAGACAAAAUCUACAGACUGGAGCAAAGCAAUACAACUAACUUAAGGACUUUAAAAACUCAGAAUUUUGUAUUUGUAAGAUUUUUUUUUCAUUAACCCUCUCAAGGCAGGCGUUGCAGAUUUGCAACAGUAAAGUAACUAGAAACCUUAUUACUCCAGACACAUAUUUUAUGUAUCUGGAGUACUAAAAACUUUACUAAAGGUUUCUAAAGUUACUAAGUUACUAAAACUUAAUUUGAGCCUGAGAGGGUAAUGUUUGUUCAAGCCAUAAAUCAUAUUACCAUGUCUGUUCCUUUACUUUGUCAUUUUGAAUAAAUGAUAUUUUAUUAACCGUUGACUCGUUGAUAUAAAAAGUAAUCUGCACAUUAUUGUUGUGCCAUUGAGCUCAGGUUUAAUCCAACAAAAGUAAACUGUGAACAACAGUGUGUAUGUCCUAUUCAUUAAAUGACAGGACUUUAAAUCGGGGAAUGUGCUUUUAAGACAUCUUGGCAUAUUUAUAAUGAAAAGGGAAGUUUUUAUGACUUCAACACAAGUUUGAAAGAUUUUUUUUUAGAACUGGAAUUUACAGAUUUGUGUAUUCAAAUGUGGAUCUCAAAAGAAACUUGGAUUAUAUAAUUUGUCAAAUAUGUUGGGGUCCCUGAUUUAAAGUUUUAUUUUCUCUGUAUGCAACUUUUAUUUACUUAGAAGUACUUUCCAAGAAACUUAUUUUACCAGAUUACAGUCACAACCCAAAACGGAAAUGAAUGGGCUUUCUAUCAUAACAAAACUGCGUCGCAGGAACUAAGAUAUCUUAUAUAUUCAACAUAUAACAAGUUACUGAAUACGUCCGGACGAAACUACAAACUAAAAUAAAUAAACAAAUGUCUGCAUUUAAAAAAAAAAACUCUUACAUUAUCAACAACUGCAUAGCAAAUGGUACAUGAAAAAAAUAUUGGAGUCAAUUGAAGUUUAGUUAAAAACAUAAAAAAUGUGUUCUAUAUUAGCCGAAUUCCUCUAUGAACAAGCAGUUGACCAAAUAAAACCAUAUGGUUAAAAAAAUUCACAAAUAAAUUUUCAUAGAUGAGUUUGCACUUGUAAGUGCCAUAGAUAUAACAUAAACAUAUCUAUGCUAUGCUCUCUAAUGAAUCUCGCGCGCAGUGAUGAUGUAAUAACAGCGACGCGUAAAAAGUAUCUUAGCAACAUUAUCCGGAGCGUCUGUCAUGGCGCCUCCGAUGCUUUCUGUUUUAUUAAAUCUGAGCACGACUGGGACGUUUCUUUAAAUCACACAUUCAAAAUACCGUACAUGAUCAAAUUUGGUGUUGAAGACGAAUAGAAGAUGCCUCCGAAAAGGAGAGGACCACUUCAGACAGUCCAAAGAGAAACGGAUGACAUCAAGAGAAAGGUGGACGCUUUAGUGCAGCAUGCUGCAGAACCGGAUGCGUCUGACAGGACAGAGACCUUGGAGAGUUUUUGUGUUGCAUUUCAGGUGCAAAGAGUUACAGCGCGCAGUGGAGGAAAUUAUGAAGACUCUGAAGAAAUUAUCUAAAGCAGAUGAGCUGGCUCCAGUGGGGAAUUAUGACCAGUGUAAGAGAGAAGAGGAGAAGCGUUUGCUGACUUUAUAUGAGCGUCUACAGUCUCUAGCUGUUCAGCUAAAGCCUCAUGAUGAGAUGGCUGGACCUAGUUCGUCCCAGAGAGAUCAGGAGAACGAGGAGGAAAAUAGUGAUGAAGAAGAUGUGAGCUCUGAGGAUGAAGAUGCGGAAGAAGAAGUAAAGGAUAAUUAUGACAAUGACAAUGAUGAUGAUGAUGAUAAUGCGGACAGUGGUGAUGAGGAUAUCAGUCCAACUGCCUCAGGACAGGGAUCUGUCUCCUACAUUGCUCUCAGUGCAUUUAAGGGAGAGGAAGAAGGGGACCUCAGCAUCCAGAAAGGAGAGGGUUUGGAAGUUCUCUCUAAGAAUAAGGAUGGAUGGUGGCUGGCUCAAAACUCAAGAGGUCAGACGGGCCUGGUGCCCAAAACCUUCCUGAAGCCGUCUUCUCCACAGGAUAGUGAGAGAAAGGAUGAAGAUGUGGAUGAGGGGGAGAGUGAAGAGGAAGAGGAGGAGUCCAGCAAAACAUCCAAUUGGAACACAGUGCGGAAGGCUGUUACCGAGAUAGAUGCUACUGAUGUGCUUUCAGCAAUGGGUGCCAUCCCACCAGGCUUCAGACCCUCCACUCUCUCCAGACUCCUAGAGGAAGGGAGAUCUUAUAGAGCAAGUCACUUCAUUCAGCCCAAGCUUAGCCAGUCACAACUGUCCUUUAAAGAUCUUCAUAUGGACCCAGACACAGGCAAGGUUCACGGCCGGCCAUCUAGAGUGAGUUUAACCCUGACCCUGUGGAGCUGUCGAAUGAUCCCACCCCCCGGGGUCGGGUUACAGGUGCUCAGCAGGCACGUUCGGCUCUGUGCAUUUAACGGAACCCAGGUUUUGAGUAACAUUCACACUGUCAGAGCCACUUACAACUCGAAGAGCCCAAAGACCUGGAGCUUUUCUCCACGGAUGACUGGAAUGCUGCCCUGUCUGCUGGAUGGAGACUGUUUCCUGCGUUGUGAUUCUGAAUCUCCUGAUCUUGGAAUUCUGUUUGAACUGGGUGUGACCUACAUAAGGAAUUCCACAGGGGAGAGAGGAGACCUUAGCUGUGGCUGGGCGUUCCUUAAACUGUUUGAUGAAAGUGGAGCCCCCAUUGCUCUACGGACACAAGAGCUCACUGUUCAUGGUGGCACACCAUUUGAGAAAGAUAGUGACAUGGAUACCACAUCUACCAAAAGAGGAUAUCCUACCGGUGUGUUUCAGCAGAUGUUGCUGUCCAGGAAGAUCCCUAAACUCGUUGUUAAGCUCAAAUCAGUAAACACACGCAGCAGAGAGCUUCUGAAUCUGCUGCCUGACACUAUAGUAGGAAGUCUGUCCACAGUACAUCUCUUGGCAACAUACAGGCAAAUACUCGCUGAUGCUCUUUUACUGGACAGAGUCACCAUGUAUAAUGCAGAUCUGAUCUGCAGCUCGGUUCUAGCAUCUUUCCCUGAUGUUCUAGAUCAGCCAGACCUGAUGGAUGCAUUUAGGAAAUCAUGGACUGAAUCAGAGAGUAACCUGAGAAGAUCUGAUAAGAGGGAUAUUAAUGUGUUGAAGCAGAUGUUUGUGAGCGUUUAUAUGGGAAGCGUGUUUCCAUUGUUGUACUCUGCGGAGAUGCCUGCUCCCUGCUGGGCAGAUGAGGAAGUGGAAUCUCAGCGUGCUCGUAUUAUCUACAGCCCUUCCCAAAAAACCUCAGUGGAGACUCUGCUUUCCUCUCAAUCUUCACAUCAAGCCUUUGACAUCACACAGGUCUCCUAUGACCUCAUCAGCAGUGCCCAGCACUGAGUCUAGCGACUGAUGUAUAAUGGUCCUCCCAAAAUAUUUGAUUGUAUUUUUUAGUCUUUUAAAAAUGAAAAUUUAGCUACUAAACGUAUAAAUAAAACUGUUUAAUCUCUCAUA